CCCGAGGCGGGAACCGGGACGGCGGCGACCUCCGGGGGGGGGGUUUCCUGCGGGGCUCUGCGGGGGACGGCGGCGCUGAAAUGCGGAGGAGGAAGGAAGGAUGUCACACAAGCACCUGAAGGAAGCCUUUAUCAGCAACUUAAAUGGAACUAGUUUGCUGGAAAUUUCCCUGGGCUUGUCCCUGGCCCCGCUCUGCCUGCUCUGCAGGGGACUCCUCCUCAUUUUGUAUUACCUGCACUAUGGGAAACCUUUGAGCUCAAGGAAACACAGCCUGCUGCUGGACUUCCUCCUGCUGGUGUCUCCUCUGGUGCUCUCCUGUACAGUCCUGUCUCCAGUCAUCUUUUUCGUGCCAAUUAUCAUCGCAGCCUUCUGUGCCGGAAUAUUUUCUAAAAUAUACAGCCAAAGAAAACGCGAGAGCAGGGUGCCUUUUAGGCAAAUUGUACAAGAAUUCCAGAAGACGUACUUGGAUGCAGAAUACAUUCCAGCAAUAACCGUGUUCCGUGUUUAUGUCAAUCUGUUGACAGCCAUCAGCAUUUUAGCGGUGGAUUUCCCGCAGUACCCAAGGCGAUACGCCAAAACCGAGACCUAUGGAACGGGAGUUAUGGAUUUGGGGGUUGGAGCUUUUAUUUUUGGUAACGCCCUCGUUUGUCCUGAAGUCAGACAAAAGUCUUACGUGACACAACCAAAAUUUUCCAAUCUGGCCAAGCAGUUCUUUUCCGUUUGGCCACUGAUUUUCCUCGGCGUCGGGCGACUGCUUAGCGUUAAAUCUAUAGACUACCAUGAACACACUUCAGAGUAUGGAGUGCACUGGAAUUUUUUCUUUACCUUAGCCUUUGUGAGGCUUGCAGCAUCUCUACUCUUAGCCGUAUUUCCGAAAAAUAAAUCUUGGAUCAUUGCUAUAAAUCUGGCUGUAUUUUAUCAGCUUGUUCUUAACACUACCUCUCUGAAGAUGUUUAUCCUGCACGGGAGCGACGGCAGAGAUACGAGGGUUGGCUUUUUAAACGCCAACAGGGAAGGACUGCUCUCUCUUUUGGGGUAUUUAGCCAUAUACAUGGCGAGUGUCCAGGUGGGGCUGUAUCUGCUGAAGCUCAGGAGCUCCGUCAGAGCCUGGAUGGCGGCGGCGCGGUUCUUGGUGCUGGUGGUUCUCCUGCUCUUCCUGCUCCUUCACGUGUCGCAAGCGCAGGGGGACGCCGUGUCCCGCCGGAUGGCCAACCUCUCCUACUGCCUGUGGGUGCUGGCUCACUCCCUCACUUUCUUCACCUGGUUUGUGGUGACGGAUCUCACGUUGGUGUUCACAAAGCUGCUUGUGAAGGGGUCCAGCGUGCCCAGUUGCUGGGAUGUUGUCAAACCCCCUGGUACCGGCACAAGGCACGAAGCGGAGGCCGUGCCCACGGGAAGGGAUGGCAAACUGGCACACGUUUGCCUGAUUAGCGCUAUUAAUAAAAAUCAAUUACUGUUUUUCUUGUUAGCAAAUGUGAUGACCGGUACUGUGAAUAUACUGAUAGACACGAUCCACAGCGAGACUGCAUUUACCUUGGGUAUACUGCACUUGUACAUGUUUGUUAACUGUUUAAUUAUGUACAUAUUGCAUGCCAAAAAUAUAGUAUUAAAGUUCUGGUGAUUCCAUUCUGUCUUAAGUGGAAUAGUUGAACUUCGUUUGCUGUAGCUGAAUGAUGGUAUUUUAAUGCAAAAAUUAGUGUUUUUCCUGAAUCUAUUCCAAUAAUCUUUAAUUUAGGAUAGCUUUUUAUGAUUUAGUGGUGUUUAUUUUUCCAAAUUUUACAGUUGGUGCUGUUACCUGUUGGAGUUGUUGCAUGUUUUCCUGAAAACUUAGUUUUUGAGAUUGUUUGCUGAAUGCUUCUGCUGCUCCUACCAACACUUGUGCAGAAUAAGAUUGUAUUUACAGUUAAUGAGCUGUGUUCAUACCCAAGUGCUGGCAGAAUUAGAUAACAGUGUGUAUAGUAGAAGCCAGAUGAAAAGUAAGAAAAUGAAUAAUAAUAGAGAGAGAGACUUAGCUGUGUCAAGAUUUACCUAGUUAAGGCCCUUGCAUAAAUAAUAGAUAAGAAUAAUUCCUUAUAUAAAAUGUAUUUAAUAAGUGGAUACUUUAAAAUGUUUUGGCCCUAGUCCUGCAAAGAUUUAUGCAUAUGCCUGACUUUGAUGGCAGUAAUUGUAUGUGGAAUGUUAAUCAUAUACUGAAAUCUAAAUUAGUCUUUGAAUUAAAGCUAGAUUUCAUUUUCCUCCUCACUGAUGAAUAUAAAUGAAGACCCUAGAUAAACUGCGAUGCUCUGAAGGAUAAAAUUCAAGUGCAGAUGAAUUCAUAAAGCAGUUGUUGGAAUUUGUGGUGCAGAUAGUAAGAGCAGCACAGCCUUUUAUGAGAAAAUACAAAGAUCCAAAACGAAUUCACCCCCAGCCUGCAUUACCAACAUGUUGUGACAGCUCAUCUUUAGGAACGCUGUAAAAUACGGUCUUCAGCUCUACUUUGGAAGUAGUCAGGGCCCACCUACUUGUCUAUAAAAUGAUUUUAAACAGCAGCUCAUUCCUUAGUGUAUUUUGACAGCUGAGAUGUCAUCAAGUGGGAACAUUCUGUAUUAAUUUUUAUUAGCAAACAAACAGUGUGCAAAUGGAAAGCAGCACGAAGCCAUGGGUCAGGGUCCUGGCAAAGUAUUGACAAGAGAUGUGCUCGGUUUCUCUGUCGCUGUCUUCCUGUGGGCCCAGAGCACAACAGCCUCUUUGUUCACUUUCCAAACUGUGACAGGUUCUUCCUGACCUCACUGAGUUGUUGAGAAGAGCAAUGCAUUUAAAGACUGUGAGGAAUUCAAUAAUGAGAGAUAUUAAUACUUAAGAAGUAGAGUACAAGUGGUAGUUGAUGAUAGAUGUCUAAUGUCUGUGGAGUUCCAGCAGUGCACAUGGGCCAUAUUUCAUAUUUCUCCUUGUCUAGCAAAAGUGAUGAAUCAUAAAACCUAUGGAGAUUAAGCCUCUAAAUCAGAUUCUUUAAUGCAGACAAGCUGUGGAAUAUUCUGAAAUUUAUGAGGUUCUCUCAGCCAUUGGCCAAUGGAAGGGUGAAGCCUGAGGAUGACAGGCUGUGACCAUGCUGAUUUCAUGCUUGUUUACUUCCAAGUUAUAGCCACAUAGUCUUUGGAAUCAAAGAAAAACAGCCUGAAUUAUCCUGGGGACAAAUGCAAUUAAGUGGCAGCAGUGCCAUUAACGGUUGUCACAGUUUCUAGCAGAGUUUUCUGGUAACUGGUGUAUGUAUUUAUUUUAAAACAUUUCCUAGCCUUGCCUAGGGUAGAAAGGCCUCCAUCGUCAUGAACUGAAUGGCACUACUCAUUUAUGCAAAAUUACUGGUGGAUAUUCAUUUUUGAACUAUCCAGAGCGCAAGACCCGCCGUGAGUUCUGCCUGUGAGCACAAGUCUAUCGCCGUGAUUCAGAACCCAGGCACGAACGGGGUGUGACAACGCGGGGCUGUGUCUGGACAAGCUACAGACUGUCGAGAUGCCAGCUCCGUUGGGCGCAGCAGAAAUCCCGUGGGAGGUCUGCUGUGUCUGUGCAAGAGCCCUGCGAGCUCCGCACCGGGAGCAGGCUGGCGGGCACCGGUGCCAGGACUGGAGCUGUGGUUUGCAACCACGGAGCCGGCAAGCGGAGGGGACUGCGGUGCACAAGUGAUGGUGAGAGCAAGAACCACCCGCUUCUCUCCACGACUGCCACAUCACGACGCCAUCUCCUGCUUUUAAAGCCGCACGAAGUAAGUUGUUCCCCACUGAAUUAAUGAGAGACAAUUAAUUCUCAUUGCCUAUUGUCGAUAACAAACGCGGCAAGCUCUGCCCUGAAGCAACCCGCGUAGUUAUUAAUGCUGAAUGUUUAGACUAUGAAUAGAUAGGGAUAAUUAAGCGUGCCUCUGGAAGAACCAAGAAAUGGGAGCGAGCGUCCUUUGAUCAGAGUGUGUCCGAGCAAAGGGAGCUGCAGUGAGUUGGAAAAGAUGCGAGAGGAGUUAACACCGCGAUAGUGCCGUGGACACUUUCUCCACACACACCUCGAGAGCUGUUGGAUGAGUGGUUGGUAGGAACCUUUCAUUUCACUCUGGGGCAUGUUUAGACGAGUAAGCUUCUACAGAUCAAAGAGAGACUUAAAAAAGUCAGAAACUUUGAUUUAGCUGUUACAUAAUCAGUAAAGAUAUUUCAACUAGUGAGACUAAAAUGGUUCAACUAUAGCGUGCUGCUGACUUUAACAGUAAUAGUAAAGCAGAACAUGGAGAAAACAUAGUAUUUUUUUUUUUUUUGCUGCCAUAAUUCCACCAAAUGAUCUUUUUGUAGGGCUGCAGGAUAGACAAAACACAGUGGGAGAAUAGACCUGAUGUCAUUUAUCCUUAACCUUAUUAUUUGUUUAACCUUAGUAGCUUACCAAAUUUCAUUAUUUUUAACGAUCAACCCACUAGCACACCUUCCUUCCCAACCCAGGAGAGUCUCUUUUGAAGCCAAACACGUUACAAUAAAGAUUUCAGGCCAUAUCCUAUUUCAAAGCACUAUGUCCUAAAGAACAGGUAUUUCUUCCAGGUGGAAGACGGGGCAUGCAAAUGAACAGCACGAAGGGGCUGUCUGCCUUUUCACUGUUUUGUACAUAACAAGCAAACUGCAUGUUCUGGCAACUUAAAAGACCCCACCUUUUCCGUGGACAGAAAUGACACGAAAUGAAAUUUUUCAGUGUGCACCCCGAGGAUACAAAAUUUGGGAAAUUGCUAUUUUAUUGAUGUGAUCCAGCCAUGC